UCUGUCGUCUUGCUAGUUUUUCCUUUCGAAGCAUCCUCUUUCGAAGUCUCAGAAGCAACCCGGUUCAUGAGCAAAAGACGAUCCUCCUCCCAUCACCAGUCCGAGUCCACAAUGUCAUCCCCUGUGGACUCGGGCUGUUCCCCGGAUUACUUCGGCGACGACAUGUUUCCCCCGAUAGAUCCUCCUGAGGAUCCUGUGGGGCCCUGGACGCAAGCCGAACUUUUGGUUCAGGAUGUAGAUCCUUUUGGUUUCACGAACCAAGAAGGAUUGCAGGAUGUGAUUUCGGGCUCCAUGCCUCAAAUGGCCAUGGAUCUUCCGGUGCUCGACGUCAGUGAUGAUGUUGGCUCUUUGAUUUCCUCGGGUGAGGUCUUGAGCCAUGAUCAGGCCCAACUACACUCGUUUAUCUCGGAUGUGGAAUCUUCCUCUGCCGACACGUCUGGUGGAAACAACUCGGGAUCAGAGAACAGUGAAAGGUUCAAGUUCGAAGAAGAUCCUCUCAUUCGUAUGAAAAGGGACGAAUGCGUAGAAGAUGGAAUAUUCUUUUGCAACUGGGGGAACUGCCACAAACAGUUUGGCAACAACUCCGAGAGAACAAAGCAUCUUCGUUCGCACUACAAACCUGUAUACUGUCCUUGGCCCGGAUGUACACACAAGAGUGCUUGGCCAAGGGAGAUGCGCAAGCACUUCAACUCUCACCGGUCGAAGAAGUCUUACAAGUGUCCUCUUUGUCCUAUAAUGUUCACACGCAAUUAUAACCUUCCACGGCACCUGCGGGAGGUCCAUGGCGGGGAGAGGAGGCCGCGACGAUUGGAGAUGCGGUAG